UUUAACUUAAUGUUGAUCCACUUGAAGUGGGUACAAUAUAUAACCAAUAUUAGUAUAUUAUAUCGGACUCCUGUGGACUACGGAAAAUGAACGGAAACAACAAAGUUAUUUCAUUAUUCAGUAUUAAUGUUGAUGGUGACCAAAAUUAUCAAAAGUAUGCAUCUCGUCGUAAGUCGUCUGUUGUGCGGGAAAUAUUUGAUAGAAUACACUCUGUACUAAAUCGAGGAGAGGAGGAAAUUGACGAGUCAAUAGAUGGACAGUUUCGUCUCAGGGAACAAAUUAACAUCGGAGAUAUUGUCGCCAGCAACGGUCAGCAGCUGUCCGUGGAAGCAAAUCAUUAUCAAAGAAGAGGGAGUUCUUUGACAAACAGCGUCAAAUUACCGGAGGAAAGCAGGAAACCUCCGGUAGAAAUCAGGAAAUGGUUUGUGUUGGUCAGCAGUUUCGUUAACAUGGUCAUUAUUGGCGGGUUUCCGUUCAAUAUGUCCGUCCUGUUUGUGGAGUUUUUACGAGCUUUUGGGAGAAGCAAAGCAGAAACGUCAUUGGUACAGUCUGUAUGUACAGGAUGCAUUUUAAUUGGAGGCAUUGUGACUGGUACCUUUGUUUUAAAAUUUGGAACAAGGAUAUGCGGGUGCUGUGGUGCUCUCCUAUCGGCUAUUGGAAUUGGUGUUUGUUUCCUAGCGACAGGUCUAGAGUUCCUGAUUAUUUUCAUAGGGGUCAUGGCAGGCGUUGGAUUCUCUCUUAAUAUCAUUUGUGCAUCGACGAGUAUAUCCCAAAACUUCUCCGGAAAGGACAAAUUCAUCAUUUUAUCAAUUGUUUCCACUGGCUCGGGUAUCGGGGGACUUAUUUCUCCAUUGAUGCUUCAGUAUUUCACGGACAUGUACGGUUGGAGAGGUUGUAUUCUGAUCAUUUCUGGAGUAGUGUUUAACCAAUUUGCUGGUGGACUAAUGUCUGGACCAAGCCGCAAUAUUCCCACUUCAAAGAGCUCAAUUCCCAAAAAGGAUCACGAAGACAUUGAUGAAAACAACGAACCCAAACAUGGUUGCUUUUCUAGGUUUCAAACUUUAUUAAAAAACAAAGUGUUUUUACUUUACUGUUUUGCUUUAGCGUUUGCGUUGGCGCCAUUCAAUACCUUUUUAGUUUUCUUCAUUGACUACUUUGAAGAGAAAGGUUUCGAUAGAUCUUCUGUAGUGUGGUUAUAUUCUGGAAUGAAUAUUCUAACCACACUAUUUCGACUUAUUCCUGGUUUUAUGGCACAGAGUCCAAAAAUUCCAAAACUAGCAAUACCAGCUAUAUAUUCAGUGAUCGGAUUUUGCAGUCUUGCCCUUCUUCCCUUCGUAACUUCCUAUGUACUUAACGCUAUCGUGAUUGGAUGUUUUGGUGUAGGAUUUGGUGGGGUGGUCACAAGUAUGUCCAUUACCACUAUGGAGCUGGUAGGGGAUGGAAAUUAUCCUACUGCUUAUGGAAUGGGUUUAGCCACUCUCGGGAUAGUAAACACAGCCGGAGCUCCCAUCUCAGGUUACAUUAGAGACAUCUCUGGAUCUUACAAGUACAGCGUACUAUCGGCCGCCGGAAGCGAACUUCUAGCGAGUGCAGUAUUCAUCAUAAUUGCCAUAUAUCAUACACGGAAUAGUAAAGACCCACUGUCCAGAUUCAACAGAGAAAUAGAAAUCCAAGCAAGGCGGAAAUCCAGAAGACGAUCCAGUAUUCUACCGUGGAGGCGGAGCGUUGACCUGGGAUUUUCCUUGUGAUCUCGGACAACGCUUCGAUGUCAAACAGAUUAGUUAGAGAGUGUGGAAAUGUAAAAUUUCGGCAUAGCUUCCUAAUUCUAUAUUUUCUCCCUUUAUAUCCGAUUUAAAGUGAUCUGUUUAUGUGACAUAUGAUGAACAAUGUUAGAACAAAAUAUGUUGUAUGAUUCCCCGGUGCAAAUUUUAAUUACUUUACGAAUUGCGCAUGCUUGAUUGAUAUCGAUAUUUCUUUAAUAUACUUUUACCUUAUGUAAUUCAAUAAAUGACAUAUUCGACAAAACUGUA